GGCGAUUAUUACAUGUCCCGUGCUCGACACUGGAUUCGCCUUUUCACGAUAGACAGUAAAGUUGUCGUCCCUCCACAAGAUCUCCGGCUGAUUCGCUUCGCGAACGGAGCCUGAAGAGCGCGGCGAUAUGAAAGGGUCAUGCACUGCAGAGCUCACUAUGCCGCACAGUGGGCAGCCAGUCUUGGAGGCGAAGGCCAUGACGGUCAGAGGAUGGAAAAUGGUGACCAAAUAAUGAACAACCGGUAGGUCGCCGACACCGUUAUGACCAGCACCGCCGCCAUCUUUGACGCCUUCAGGCAGGACCUCGACGAGCACAACGACCGGCGAGAGCGUCUCAUCAAGGCUAGCCGCGAUGUCACCAAUAUUUCAAAAAAGGCUAUUUUUCUCCUUCAUCGCAUCGUCCUCGAAAACGUUCCUGCAUUGGAUGGCCUGACUCCCGCUCUACGUGCAGCGAAAGCGGGCAAUGAAAAUCUCCGCCAGGUCCAGCAAAUAUACGCCAAUAUGAAGGAGGAGCUCGUCGGUGAUAGGUUCUGGCGGUACCAGCAUCAGGUCUCGCCCGGUUUGCAGGAAUACAUUGAGGCGCUCAGCUUCUCGCAUUUUCUAGAGCAUGGGACUUUGAUCAGCCUUGAUGAGGUGCAGCAGACUCUCUGUGAUUCCAAGGGAGCACCUUAUUUCCCCUUGACGAUAUCGGAUUAUAUGCUUGGCCUGUCUGACCUCACAGGCGAACUCAUGCGCUAUUCCAUCUCCGGCUUGACUAAACGAGGCGGACGAUUGCAAGCUAUGGAUACGCUGGGCUUUGUCAGGAACUGCAAGGCUGAUUUUGAAGCCUUCACGCCGUAUGUGAGAUUUUUGUCGAAGAAGCAGUCUGUGACCGCCCAAUCACUUCAAAAAAUCGAAGACGCUGUAUAUGCUAUCGUAGUUCGCAGCUCCGAAUACGAUCUCUCUCCGGAGAUGCUGGAUGACAUUGUUUCCCAGACUUUCUCUAGCAGUUCUGCCGACCGAAGAGGUGGUAGAAGGAAUGCUGAUAGCGAGGACGGGUUUGACGAUGAAAACAUGUCAUUUUGAUGUACAAAAGAGGAACCUGAUACAAUCCGUGUAACCAGUACAGACAAACGUGUCAACGAACGAUACUAUACAUAGGUAUUAAGCGGUCGUGAAAG